CAUUUGUAGUUUUCAAACCCGUCUACGGCACUUCCCCGGUACCUUGUCAGCUUGUAGUUUGGCACGAUCGGUGGCCAGUCUCUGUGUCCUGUUUAGUGUGUGAAAUGCCUGCGGAAAGUUUGCGAUGGGAAACUUUAGAAGCUUUGAAAAAUUCAGCAAAAGGAAAAUUAAAGUACAACCCGGAUUGGCUUGAGAAGGGAGAGGACAUCUUGGACGGCUGUAAUGAGUCUCCUAGCCUGUCUCCGCUAUCGGGGCUCAUCUUGAAGAGGCUCAGCACUCGGCCUCUGCAGAAGACUCGUUCCCUGUGCUCGCCCUCUCGGGACACCAGCCCGGGGCUGUCCGAGGAGGCGCCGCUGUCCAGCUCUCUCCCCACCAGCCCGUACCAGACGCUGCUGAGCCCGGCCUCGCCCCGCGCCACCUCGCCCGUCACUCUCUCCUCCCCACCGGACUCCAGCUCCAAACCGGAUGACAAGCAGGACGAGGACGAUGAGCAGAGGGAGGCUGACCUCAGCCCAGUGGCCAACCCGACCCCGCCUCCCGCCAUCUCGCUGAUGUCACCAAAGGCGACCCAGGUGGCCGGCUUCAUCCGCAUCUGUGAGGAGAAACACCGCGCCAAAGCCAAGGCGGAGCUGAACCGGCGUGUGGAACUCCAGGAGCGUCUGGUUGCCACGGUAGCGGGCCUGGAGUCGGAGCAGCUGAAGCGCUUUGAGGAGCUCAUGGAGCUGAAGCAGCGACAAGAAUUCCAGAGCAUGAGGGACAUGCUGGACAAAGAGGCACAAGAGAGCCUGGGACGCCAGGAGAAGCUGAAGGAGGAGCAUCAGAAGCGGAUCAAGAUCCUGAACCUGCGCCUGCGGGAGGCGGAGCAGCAGCGGGUGCGGGAGGCGGAGCUCGAGCGGCAGCGGCAGGCGGAGGCGCGGGAGCGGCUGCGGGCGCUCAACGCCGUGCAGGAGGAGGUGCUGCAGCUGCAUCAGCUGCUGGAGCCCAACACCGCGCUCGACCACGCCGCCAUCGUCACGCGCGCCAACCAGCUCUGCUCACAGGUCUCAGAGGUGGUGCGCACCACCGCAGAGGGUGAGUUCCCCAGCGUGGAGGACAUGGUGGUGGUGGAGCGCGCGCUGCAGGAUAUGAGGUCGCUGGUGCGGGAGCUGCAGCAGCAGGAGGUGCAGGAGCAGGAGCGGAGGAGGAGGCAGCAGGAGGAGCAGGAGGCGCAGAGGCAGCAGGAGCAGCUGCAGGCCCAGCAGGAGCUGGACAAGAAGAACGCCGCCAUCGCCGCCAAGGAGAAGGCCAAGAAGCAGGGCUUGCAGAACAGUGCGGAUGAGAGCACCCUCAAGUGGUUCAGAGAACUACAGCAAGCAGCACAUCAGUGUGCGCUGUCUUUUGAAGACCUGAACAGCACGAAGGACAUGCAGACCAAGAAGGUUCGAAUGGAACUUCAGAAGGCUGCUACCAUCCCUGUCAGUCAAAUCUCGAGUGUGUCAGGUUCCAAGCUGAGGGAGGUCUUUGACAAGAUUGACAAGCUGUUGUCCGGGCGACCGGUGGUCUCCGGGGGCAAGUCCGUGUCCACCUCCCUGCACCCCCACGGCCUGGAGUUCGUGAGCUAUAAACUGGCCGAGAAGUUUGUGAAACAAGGGGAGGAGGAGGUGGCGUCGCAUCACGAGGCUGCGUUCCCCAUCGCGGUGGUGGCCUCGGGCGUGUGGGAGCUGCACCCCCGGGUGGGCGACCUCAUCCUGGCACACUUGCACAAGAAGUGCCCCUACGCCGUGCCCUACUACCCGCCCAUGAAGGAGGGCACCUCCGUGGAGGACUACCAGAGGAUCCUGGGAUACCGCGUGGAGGACUCCGGGGUGGAGGCGCAGGACAGCUUCCUGAAGAGGAUGAGCGGCAUGAUCCGCCUCUACGCCGCCGUCAUCCAGCUGAGAUGGCCCUACACCAACAAGCAAGGACCGGACCCUCACGGGCUGAACCACGGCUGGCGCUGGCUGGCCCAGAUGCUGAACAUGGAGCCUCUGGCCGACGUCACGGCAACGCUCCUCUUUGACUUCCUGGAGGUGUGCGGUCAUGAGCUGUUGAAGCAGUACCAGGGUCAGUUCUGGAAACUCCUCUUCCUCAUCAAGGACGACUACUUUCCCAGGAUCGAAGCGGUCACCAGCACGGGGCAGAUGGGCUCCGUCAUGCGGCUCAAGCAGUUCCUGGAGAAUGCUUUGAGAACCAAACAGAUCCCGCCUCCAAAGGGACAGCUGGCGUCUGGCUUCUGGAGGACCUGAUUGGUGGCUCUCCCAUAAGCCCCGCCUUGGCAAGGUCUUGAUUGGAGAUCGGCAUGGUGUUCCUCUAAAUGCAUGGAUCCUCGGGCCAUCCAUCAGACCGCCUGACUACUAUACCCCGAACAGCUGCUGCAGUCGAAAGAAACCUCCCUCGCGCUACAUCCGCAUGCUACUCAGCCUCACAGCCGGGCCGUCCAGGAGACGGCCCCUUUCGCUAGUAACAAUAGACCUCUGAGGUUCACCUACAAAAAGGACCCGAAAGCGGCCAUCUUUGCCCAUAUAAGGACAUCUGGGUAGCAUCUUUGCCCAUGUAUGGAGAUCCUGAUUUCCUUAUAUGGUCAAAGAUGGCAGCUUCGGGUCCUUUUUGUAGGUGAACUUUAGAGGUCUAUGCACUGUGCCUGUGUUGAUGAUACCCUCGGCGGUAUUAAGCCUUAAGUCAGUUUAGGGUGCUUGGCUACCUUGUACAGAAGGAAUAUAGUGUUCAAACCAUGCAUGGAUUUUUUUUCUGUGGUGUUAUUUGUCAUACUACACAGUAUGUGAAAUUUAACAUGAUGGGUAAAGUUAGAUAAGUGUGUUUUAAUUAGCUAACUGGUUAGGCCAGGCUUGAGCUUUUACUGUUCUUGACUAUCUCCGAUGUCAAGUCAUCAGUAUCCUCAUUUUACGGGGGUGCUAACUCUUUUUUUUUUAUUUAUUUGCAUUAAUAGAUUGUUAAUCAUGACAUCUGCUUAAGCCAUACAUUUAAGUACAUUUUAAUGUCAUGGAUGAUGUAUUAUACCUGUGCAUAAAUGAAAUGAAGUGUACUGCGUACAUGCUUUUAUAAAGCAUGCUUUACCAGUAUUAAAUUGUGCACAUCUUAGCAUCCAA